AUGGCUACUGCCCAUGGGGUUUCGACUCACCUUCAGACAGGUCCAAUGGCUGCCUCGGCACCAAUAACAGUGAACGAAGUACAGGAGUACGAGCGAAUUCUCAGGAUCAGCGAUGAGAUUUUCGCGGGCUCUCAUCCGCGUCUCAAGGUUCCGCAGCAGUUUAUGCGCAAACCCGCGGUACGCAAUAGUCACGGCGGCUCAUCUGCCCAGCAGCAGGUGAAGAACAGGUCUUUGGUAUCAGAGAAUACACUGCUACAAGUAGGGACGCGUUCUCCGAAAGCCCAGGCCUCUGGAUCCGGGACCGCACCGUCGACUGCCUCCGCAAUUCCCACACCUCCCUCAGCCCGCUUGGCUUCCAAGCCUGUUUCAGAGAUCGAUCCUAUAUUUCUGACUAAGUCCGACAAGCUAGUCAGGGCCGAACUUCAGCUUCAACGGCAGAGAUUGGAAAGGAUAUUGCGCGAUAAACUGGAGCAGAAAAAAGAAAGCAAGCAGAAACCUGCGCUGUCAGAUACACGACCCGAGUUUAACGUUUCGGAGGUUUUUCAGAAAGCUCUCCAGAUGGUGGCACCGGUUUCGCUGAGUGAGCCAUCUGAGGUGAAUGGUGACUCUUUGGACGAGAAUUCUCUCUACUCUAGUAGAGCGCCUGACUCUCCAGACGGAGGCCAGCAAAGGUUUUCUCCAGUCGCACCGGCUCGGCCGGUUGGUCUCUCCGCGCGUGUUCCUGUAGAGACUUACGCAGAUGAGUUACAGCGACUCGAAACUCUGAACCGACCUGAAUCGGAUCAGGAAAUGCACGAUGCUUACCCUGUUGCUGACCAGCGUGCCCCCUCCUCUCAAAAACAGCCAUCGUCCGCUCAAGCAGAUAUUUCCCGUCGACUGCAUGAGUCCCAAAAGACGGAGACACUAGAAGAACCAGAAUACUCCCCACCGGCUCCAGUAGCACCGCCAAUCGACUCCAGGUACUAUGAGCAGGGAGCAGCAAAUGGUGAGGGCCGAGGCAGAUACGCUGAUCGAAACCUGGCCACGCAAGCACCGAGAUCUCCCGCAGAUGUGACCAUAGUCCGCCAAAAUCACAUUACAUCACCCGCAGCCCCACGUCCGUCGAGAGUCUCGCCUUUGGCUGUAGCCAAGAUGCCUUCUGUCCAGCAAGUUCCUGCCCAGCGACGUCGAAAUGAGAGGAUGGAGCAUGCCCCAGCCCAGGUGAUUUCUGACCCAGACUCCGGCCUUGAAAGUCCCAAUGGACAAGCACCUCAUCUCACUUCACGAAAGCGAAGAAGGUUACACGAGACAGGGGAAGCUGCUCGUAAUGUGUCUUAUAGACGAAAGGAUGCGGAGCCGUCCGAUAUUUAUAUCAAAGAGGAACCGAUAUCUCCUCCGCCAUUCGCCGAUGAUCCCAGCUCCAGCGUGGUUCGAAGUCGGCACCCUGAUCAGCAGCAACCCGUGUACAUCGACAUCGCAUCGCCUCAGUACACGCCGGUACUUGAGCGGCAGGAACUCCCGGCCCGCAGGCCAGUCUAUGAAAGUGAUUCACAUUACGAAUUUCCUCAGUCCCGUACAAUCUCUCAGGUUAGCACCAGGCGCCCUGCUCGGGAGGAUGGUGAUCUUCGAAGAGUAGCUAGCUUGCAGUUUGCCAGACAGACGGACUAUCCUCGCGAGUACAUCGAGGCCGAUCCCCAUAGCGGUCGCGGGGCGUCGUACGCUGUGAUGGAACGACCUCAGGAACGCUCCAGAUACUACGAAGAAGUACCCUCUGGGUACGGGCCUCAGUAUGUCACCCUGGAUGACCCGCAGCAGCCUGCCUAUCGUGAUCCGUAUUAUGAAGAAGCGCCCCCUCCACGAGUCAUGCCUGCGCCUCAACGUCGUUUCGUGGUCGACGAGCAUGGAAAUCAAUACGAAAUGGUGCCCACCUCGCGACCUCAGCCAAUGGCCCCUCCUCCCCGCCCGAUAUCUCAACUGCCGAAAGACGUGUACGACGACCGAGGACCUGUUCGCACUGCCAGCGUCCGCGCAGCGUCUGUCGUCCAUGAUCCCUAUGUUGAACGCCGAUACAUGCAGGAGAUGCCCCCUCCCCACCCAGUCUACCGACGUGUCGCUUCGGACUAUGCGCGCCCUGUUGUCGGUGAAAGACAACAAUACGUCGCCUCAAUGGGGAGUCAUGAUCCAUAUGGCCGCAGUGGCAGUGUUCAAGUCGCUGAGUAUCUUCCACGACGUCAAACCUACGUAGAUGAGCAGCCCAUCCACCAGGAGAGAGUGAUCCGAACAGCCAGUGUCCGGCCCCAGCAAGCUCGUUUUGAAGAACCCCACCAUGAGAUGGUCCAACGGGUCGGCAGUGUCCGGCCAGCUGGUCCUAGUCGCGAUGUCAGCGUCUUCCUUGACGACAGGCAGAUGGGCGAGUACAUCGAGCGACCAUACUACGUCCGAGAGCGACGGUAUUUCGAAGCCGAUGGUGGAAAUCGCGUGGGAAUGGACGGUACUGAAUCGGUUCGGCGUGUUCCGCAGCAUUAUUGA